AUGACAGUGUAUUUAGCAAAAAGUGUUGAACAACUUAUGUUUGGAGAAAAAGGAGGAAAAAUCCCAGUAAAGCUGUUCACGGACAGCAGACCAACCACUGGAAAAUUCAUCAACAGCACGAUUGGUGUGUCCGUUGUCGAUGAAGAAGACGAGUGUGGUGUACCGUUGCAUGCCCCAUCCGAGGAUGCCUCGGCAAAUACGUCGGAACAAAGUAAAGAACAAAAAGAAGAAGAGAAGUGUGAUGAGUGGGAAAAGAAGAAGAGGAUGUCAGUUCGCCUGCCUGUUGCCAUAUUUGUUACCAGUUCCUGCGACUAUCGAUAUUUCAGGUAUUCACUUGACCUGACGUUGCUCAACUUCGAUGGUCGAGUCUUUGAAAAGGAAAACUUCCAACAAAAAUAUGCUCUUCAUACGACCGCAAAUGAGGCUCAUGAGCAGUGCAUCAAGAUCCCCUACUCACACCCUGCUAUUCACCUCCAUCAGUGUCCUUCCUCUCCAAUGUCUCUUCUUACCACCUAUCCAGCUCUUGCCAGGUCCUCCUCCUCCUCCUCCUCCUCCUCCUCCUCCUCCUCCUCCUCCUCCUCCUCCUCCUCCUCCUCCUCCUCCUAA